GUCUUCCUAGAUGCACACUCCAGCUCCGCCAUAGCCGAAAGCUUCGCAUCUAACCUUAGCAACGUUUUUUCUCUGAAGUUCUCUCAAAGGUGAAAGAAAAUGGGAAGCAGAUUGGGAAGAAGAGUCGUGAGCUUUGCCAAUUUACCCAUAAAACUCCUCAUGCCCUCAUCAUUUUCCAAUAUUACCGAGAUUGCCCUCAAAACCAUCCCCUCCGCUUCGAAGAUAGAGAUUAAGAGGGUUCUGGAGUCGCUGUACGGAUUCGAGGUGGAGAGGGUCCACACUCUCAACAUGGAGGGGAAGAAGAAGAAGCGUGGCGGGCUGUUGCUCGCGAGGCCGGAUUACAAGAAAGCUUACGUGACGCUGAGAAACCCUCUUUCACUAAACCCUGAUCUUUUUCCCAUUAGGGUAAUCGAGGAGGAGAAGAAGAACAUGAGCAAGCAGGCGAAAUCGAGCAUCGUGGAGGACCCGGAGACCGUGAAGAGCUCCCACUGGCUCGACGAGAAAAGGGACGGCGGCAGGUUUAAGUCCGGCGAGCGGCGUAGCUUUGGUGGGCGGACGAGGGGUCGAGGGGAGAAGGUUGAGUCCAAACCGGUUGCCAAGUUUCCGUGGAGCAGCAUGACCUCUAUUGGGAGGUAACGAUUGUUGUUGUUCCAAUUGAUUUUUUUUUUUUUAAAUAUAUGGAGGACGUUAGAGAUGCCGAUUACGUGUUCGAUGCAAUGUCGCAGUGAGUUUUAGUGGUCUGGAUAUGUGGAGUUACUUUGGUCUGUUCCUGUUGGAUUUUUGAUGAUUGAACUGUGUUAUGAGAUUGAGUGGAUGGUACUGUGCCGGAUAAUGUUCCCUUUGUUCUGUUGGAAUGCAAGUAUCAAUGGCUGGCUA